AUGGCGGACAAAAAGGGGACCGAAGCAAACACCUCCACUGGAGUUGCGAUCGUCGACGCCGGCCCCAGCGAAAUCGCCAACAAGUGCAGGAGACUGAGUAGGAACCAUUAUUCUUGAAGUCUCAGACCCGGCGAGCCUGCGUUCAAGCUGGCGCUCUCCACCAAGCAGAUCGUCUUCCCAUGCCCAAUCGAACGGAAGCCAGUCUCCGUUGCAAUUAAGAUCUACAACGGUAGCAACGACCCGCAAACAUUCAAGGUUGGUUCUUUGUCGCUAUAAAUAUGAGAGACUUAACCAGAGUAAAACUUCGAAAAAAAAAAAUGAAAAAGAACUGGAAGGUCCUGAUGCAUAGGAAGUCAAAAUGCUUGACACUUUUUUCGGCUAACAGAGAUGGAGCAAACGGAAAAAACUUUUUGCGUCGUUCACUUGUACAGAAAAUGACGGAUUUCAGGUUAAAUGCACGUCAGCCGAAGUUUUCCGCGUUCAGCCGCCUCUCGGGGUCAUCAAGCCCAACUCGACACAGGAAAUCGUCCUGUGGUUCCAGGUUCUUCCCUAUUAGUAGUUUUUACGAGAAGAAGCAACGAAAUUCAGAAUAAAAUGAGAUUAGAAGCUCCAAAGCACUAUUUUGCGUUCUAUCACAUGAAGGCGGACAACCGUACUCCGAAAGAAAUGUGGGCCAACGCAAAGGCUGAGGGUAUCCAAAGAAGUUCACGCCAGAAGAAGUCAGAAGAAUUUUGCAGGCGUUCGACGUGUGCCGGCCAUCUUCGAGGGUCCUGGAGCCGCUCCAGUUGCUCCGUCGACCAUUUCUGCUCUCAAAAAACAAUAA